UUUCCAUCAAAAAGCCGUAAAGACGUCAUCGGCUCUUUAAGAUGGCCGCGGAUGAGAGCUGUGGAGACGGGAGCUGCUGAUCCGCCGAAGGGACAAAUGUUUAUAAUCAACGCUGAUUAGUCGAUUAUAUCGACUAAACGUUGUACCCCUAGCAACGACAGCAGCGACAACAAAGACAACAACAGCUAAAGAUGCAGGUUGACCACCUGUGCACACAAUUGUUCCCGGUCUCUGCAGUCCAGUAACUAAGAUGUAACUACCCUUGUUGACUCACAAGGAGGGCUGAUGGUGGAAUCGGCAGCUGGAAGCCGGGGUGCAGAGGAAGGGAAAUCCCCCUAUGCUGCUCAUGGUCCUGGUAAACAAGAGGAAAUGGAUGGACCAGACCCUCAGGCUGCAGUUCUGCACGGCCAGAAAGAGCAAGAUUGCCUGACAGAAAGGGAGAUUAGACAAUCCAGUAGAGGAGAACAGUGUGAUGUGGCUUUUGCACAGUCAGGGGAUGAACUGCAGCCGCAGCAGAAACAACUCAGUCUCCAUCACAAUGGUAAUAUGGGAUACAUCCUUUCUACAGUGUCCCCGUGUGAAGCGUGCGACCAAUCUAACUCUGCUGGAUGCUGCUCUUCAGACAGAGAUGGCAAAGUAGUAGCUAAUGGUGAGCUACAGGUAGAUUCUGAUGGAUUACCAGCACCAUCAACUAGCUCUGUCUCAUCUUCCUCAAAAUCUCAGUCGCAUCACACCGACCAACACAAUGACAGAGAUGAGCCCAGCAAUGCUGGCUCUGAGUGCACUUCCAGUAGGACACUAUCCAGCACCCUUCUACAGGAAGUUCAGGAAGUUAACAAUGAAGGCCAGGAUUCAGAAGAAACCUCUGAGGCAGGUCCAGAAUCCAGGCUUUACUCUCUCCGGACUUUCUCUCAGAGCGAUUUGCUCACUGAACCCACUCCACUAAGCCCUGAGGACACAGACUCCUGUCCUCUUCCAGAUGGACAACAACAACACGACAGCUUGACAUUCAUGAAUGUGAGUCUGAACUCUAGAAACACGUAUGAAAUCAACAGACGCCAGAGUGCUCCAGACAACAUCCCUGGAGGCCUGAGUGUUGCUGCUUCAGAUGCUGCUCUGAGGCAGAAGAAACAUGGCAUCUCUGAAAUCUUCGGCAGGGGCUUGUUCUCCAGGAGGCAGAGGGAGGUCCAGAGUGCACCUGGCUGGAAGCUUUUUGGAAAGGUACCACUGAGAGAAAGCCCACCAAAAGACUCCAAGACUAUUCAGCAGGAAAAUAACCCAGGCAAUCUCACAUCUGUGUCAACACCCAAUCUCUUAAGUGCAGGGGAAUAUGAAGCCAAGGCGAGUAAAGGAGGCAGUAGCCCAUCCCAGUCUGCUCAGGGACGACGCAAGAACCUGGAGUUUGAACCUUUGUCCACCACAGCGCUCAUACUAGAGGAUCGACCAGCGAACCUUCCUGCUAAGUCUGAGGAGGAAGCUCAGCGCCAUCGGCAGGAAUACGAUGAGAUGGUGGCUGAGGCCAAAAAGAGAGAAAUGAAGGAGGCCCAGAAGAAGAAGCAGCAGAUGAAGGAUCGAUUCAGGCAGGAGGAGAGCAUCGCCAAUGCUAUGGUGGUCUGGAACUCCGAGAUUUUGCCCAAUUGGGAAAGCAUGCGUGGAACACGCAGGGUUAGAGAUUUAUGGUGGCAGGGCCUUCCACCCAACGUUCGAGGCAAAGUGUGGAGUCUGGCCAUAGGGAAUGAGCUUAACAUCACUUCAGACCUUUAUGAGAUCUUUUUGUCCCGGGCCAAAGAGCGCUGGAGGACCUUCAGUGAGAUGAGCUGUGAGGUGGAGUCUGAAGACAAUGGAGCAUCGCAGGCAGACCGUGAAUCCAGCCUGGAUCUGAUCAAACUGGACAUUUCCCGCACCUUCCCUUCACUCUUCAUCUUCCAAAAGGGCGGACCUUACCAUGACCUCCUCCACAGUGUGCUCGGAGCUUACACUUGUUACCGGCCCGAUGUGGGAUAUGUGCAGGGAAUGUCCUUCAUUGCUGCCGUGUUGAUCUUGAACCUGGAAGAGGCUGAUGCGUUUAUUGCCUUCGCUAACCUCCUGAACAAGCCAUGCCAGAUGGCUUUCUUCAGGGUGGACCAUGAACUGAUGCUGAAGUACUUUGCAGCUUUUGAGGUGUUCUUUGAAGAAAAUCUCCCGAAGUUGUUCAGUCACUUCCAAAGCUCCAAUCUCACCCCAGAUCUCUAUCUGAUCGACUGGAUCUUCACUCUCUACAGUAAGUCCCUACCGCUGGAUGUGGCGUGCCGUGUGUGGGACGUGUUCUGUCGUGAUGGAGAGGAGUUCCUCUUCCGGACGGGCCUCGGGAUUCUGCGCCUGUAUGAAGAGGUUCUGCUGGGGAUGGACUUCAUCCACAUUGCUCAGUUCCUCACUCGCCUGCCUGACGACGUCUCAGCGGACCGUCUGUUCAGCUGCAUCGCCUGCACGCAGAUGACCAGCAGUAACCGCAAGUGGACCCAGGUAUUUAGUUCACUCAUGAAGGACAAAGAGAUGGACAAAAGCAGCAACUCAUCCCCAAAAAACUCCUGACGUACCCAGCCUAACGCUGAUCUUUUUUUUUUUUAAUACUGAAUCCACUUUAAAAAAAUAAUAUGGCCUUUUAAAAGAGUAAGUUAAACCUUGAAGGCUUUAAAUGUAAUAAAAUUAAAUGUACCAGGACUGAGAUCAUGAUGGGAGGUAUGAAACAUUUGUGGGUGAGUUAAAUACUGAUUGCUUCAUAUAAACUAUUUAAAGAGAUUAUUUCUAAUUAUCAUUUAAACACCAGAAAAUGAAAAAAAAAAAAAAACACAAAAUGUAAACUAGUAUCUCUUGGAUUUUACACAGAACCAGAAAUGUGUAGAAAUGUAAUAUACUGACUAUAUACUUUCACCCACAUGAGAAGGUUAAAACCUCAGUUGCAGUUGUUGGUUAAACUGGGAAUUUAAUUGAUUGAUUGUCAAAAAUGGAAUUUCUAAUGUCAUACGCAGUGACGUGUAUUUUUCUUUGUUGUUGAUUUAUUUAUUUUUUAACAUAUAUUAGAUUAGAUUUUAAUAUGUGAAGUUAAUUUGAGCAGUUGUAUAGAGUGGUUUGGCGGACCUAGGUCUUUUGGGCACGAAUCAGAAUACUGCCCUGAAAUGUGGACAGCUGCUUUAAGGACUGCAGUAAAGCCUGUUUUCUCUGGAACAGUUUUGCCAGUAUUAUGUAGGUCAAAGGAAGCGUGUGAUUAGGGCAUAGGAGUUGCUGUACAAAUUCUCCAGUGUUUUCCAACCAGCUCUCUGCCUCAGCUGUACUGUAUGGUUGAUUGGCAUGGACCAAUUUUUUUUAAUGCUCUAUCAAUCGAAGGUUUUAGAACACCCUUAGCUCUUUAGCUUAACAUUGGACUUAGACUUAGUUUCAGCAGUGAAGAGAAGAAUUAGAGGUCUGAAAAGUGAAGUGCAGCAAUACAGUCUUUGCAACAUGAUAAAAUAAUAAAGCAGUUUGUCUGGGUCACACAGCACUGCUUCAGGACAACUAAAAAGAGGGGUGUUCUAAAACUUUGACUGGUAGUGAAUAUGGAAUACAUAAAAAUGUGUGUCAGCUGUUGAUGCAUAGAGAUAGGUAAAGGUCAGUGUAUCGCUUAUCAGUAUAAUCUUUUGACCAUUUGAGUCUAAAUUUAAAAACACAAAACUUGGUGUAAAAAAAAUUGCUAAAAUAGUAAGAAGAAGAAACAGGUUGUCAUUAUUUUUUUGUUUUUUUGUUUACUCCAUUUUCAGAUUUUGUAACAAAAGUAGGUUAAAUUCAGAAAAAAUAUUAUUUUUUUCCUGAAUUUCAAAACAUUAGGGCAGAAAUAAAAACUUGAAGCUUAUAAAAAUAAAUGAAAGUCUAUUUCCUACUUAUUAUAUUAAAUGGAACAAUUAAAUAAUAAAUAAUUACAUUUCUAUUUUUUUAAAUAUCUGCCUUUAAUAUUUUUUUUAUGUUUCUAGAUUCUGUAACAAAAGUAGGUUAAAUUAUAAAAUCAAAUGAGAAAAAAAUCAAAUGAGUUUUUUCCCUUUAUUGUCAAGUUUAACAUCAAAUGGUCACACUUUACACUGACCGGUAAACACUGCAAGAUCAAUUCCAAAAAUAACUUUUAUUUUGGAAUGUUCUCAUACAAGUUGCAUAAAAAAACCAUUAUUCUUUCCACCAGCGUUGUAACGUACUGUAUAAAUGACCAGCAGUUUUUUUUUUUCUGAGAUUUGCUGUUUGAUAAAGGAUUCCUCAGAAAUCAUGCUGUUUCAGCAACUAGUACAACAUUGUACCCAAUGGCAAUAUCAGCUAAUAUCGGCUGCUUUCUUCUUCUUCUUCUUUUUCUAACAUAUAUUUAGUACAUUUGUCUAUAAUGUACUUGAAGCUGUGAUCGACAUGAAGGAUAUUGGUUCUUAACUUACAGAUUCUUAACAGUGAGAUUCAGGGAAAAGGACAAAAAGACUUUUCAUAUGACAGAGGUUUUAUUUAUACUUGUUUUUAUGUUGUUUUUUUUGUUUCUUUGGAACAGGUCAUCCAUGAUGUGCAAUUAAGUGAAAACUUAUAAUAAUCAUAGUAAUCACACCAUUCUGAAAGUAUAUUGAUUAUGUACAGGAUUUCUGCCCAUUCCAGGGUCUACUUAAAACAAUAUUUCAGUGUCUUCUAUUCCUAAUGCGUAUCUGUAUAAUACAGUUUAUUCUUGCUGCCAGGAGCUGCAUUCCAAAGCCUAGGCUGCAGUGGAGAAAGGGUGGCUCCUCUGUAGGACUUUUAAUUCUCCUUGUAAGGCUGUUUUCAGUUUGAAUCAGUUGAUAAGUUUGUUAACUUGGAGUAUUUUCCACCUUGGUUUGGUUUGAUUUUGUUUCACACAAGGAAAAUCACAAAAACAAGGAAAAUCACAAAUGCAAAAAAAUGCGUCACAGUUGUGGGUAACAGUGUCACAGUUGUGGGUAACCAAAUCCCUGAGGACAGAUCAGUUGUGUUUUGUAAAUCACAGCCUCUUUUGAGCUGAUCCUCCACUGCAGCAUAGGUUUUAACACAGCAGAUAAAUGAGACACUUUUCUCUGUAUGUGGGUAAAAAAAGCAAGCAACUGCUUUUCUGUUCUUUUCUGUGGGAAUAAAGUGUACGAUGCAGAUGAGGAAAACAGAGAUUAGACUGAUAUAGAAAAUCGCUGCACUGAAAAAGUAAUGCAUUGGAUUUAUUUGAUUUGACUGUACUUUUUCCAAACUGGUUAUAGCUCCAAUGUUUAAUUACAAUUAAGGGUCUUGUUCAGUUGAUUAUGAAAGGAAUGCCCUUCCAUUUUAAAAGCUAUACAAUGUCAAUUCUGUUGAUUAUUUAAAUUAUUCCUGAUCAUGUUAACUUUUUUUUUUUUUUAGUUAUUGUAACAUAAAUUGUGAUAAUAAGGAUAAAGCAACAUGUUGAAUCUUUUAUGAUGAUCAUAUAAAUAAUAAUUAAAUUAAGUGUGGAUUUAACUCAAAUUGUCUAUGAAAAAAUAUUGAUUAUUAAAUAUACACAUUCCAAAUCAUUAUUGUAAAUAAGAACGUGUUCUUAAUGACCUGCCUGGUUAAACUAAGGGUUAAAUAUGAAGUAAAUAAAAAAUAAUAUAAUGUAUCUAUUUAUUAAUUGCAAAACUUCAUCUUUUAAUUGUAUCUAUGGUGCUAUACAUAUGCAUUUAUAGUUCUAUAAUCAAGACACUAAACUAGAAAAACUGCAGUAAUAGAGAUUAUGUUUGGCCCCAUCUUUUCCUCAGGAGAGAAAUUAAAGAGGAAGACCCGUUAUCUAAUCCAGAGGAGGUUCUUCCCUCAUGUUACACUUUUACAUCAGUGCAGGUAUAGUCAGAGACUGAACUGCUGAACUGUUGUAGUAUUGAAAUCUGUGGUUUAUUGUUGAAAUUCAGUGCAUUCUUUUUUUAUGUGUUAUGAUGAAUUUAGAAUUUUUUAUUUGGAUACACUGCAAAUCUACUUUUUCAAACAUGGUUAAGAACACUACUACAGCUGAAUUGGUUUUAAAGUGAUUUCUCUGGUGUAACUCUGGUGUGUUACAGUGAAAUUAUGUUGUAUCAUAUGUAUGGUUGUGUUUUUGCUUUAAUAUUUGACCAAAUACAAAAACCCGUGUUUCUGUGAGUUUAACUCUGAGAUAUUGAACUCUCUCUGUUCUGAACUGCAUCUGUAUCUGUAAUGAGUCGUUGUGAAAAAGCAGGCCUGUGUACUGAAACUCAACUUUUUUUACUCACUCCAUCACUUUUAUUGUACAGUUUUCAUACUGGACGAUAAGAAGAAAUUGUAAAUAUUUGAUGAAAUACCACUAAUGUAGAGCAUAUGUAAAUAAAUUGGAGAAUGGAAACGUG